GAUUGUUAUUCAGUUGUUAUCAACGUGAAGAUGAAUGGUCGACGGCGUCAGUCCCGACAGGCGAUUAGUCAUCCCGUCCGAUGCCCCGUGCCUGCAAACACGUCGUUCACGACUUUUGAAGCUCCUCUCCUCGCGCUUGUCUUGCGACUGCGAGAUCAUGAUUUGCAAAAUACUGAGUGAUGACUUCACUAUAUCGAGGCUGGCUAUUCCUUCCGUCAGCUUGUUGAUAAGCUUCCUCGCCUACACCUCCCAGUAUUUCUUUCUCCACUUCGAGUCGGCGCCCCUCCGCCAAGAUGAGGUGUGGAAGAUCAACAUAUUUGCAUUAUGCAUUUGGAUCUGCUAUUUCCGUGCAUGCUUUGUAGACCCUGGCCGUCUUCCUUCGAGCUCAAAAAUUGCUCCUGGCGGGGCUGACAAAGAUACUACGACGGGCCGGUCACGGUGGUGUCGUAGAUGUGAAGCCUACAAACCCCCUCGGGCUCACCAUUGCAAGACAUGCAAGAGAUGCAUUCCGAAGAUGGAUCACCAUUGUCCUUGGACUUCCAAUUGUGUCUCUCAUUUCACUUUUCCCCACUUCAUCCGCUUCCUUUUCUAUGCGGUGGUCGGAAUGGGUUAUCUCGAGACCCUUCUUUGGGAGCGUGGAUCUAUUGUUUGGAAAAGCAGGGAUCUUCCCAGUUAUCUCGGGCCAUCUGUUGGACAGUUGAUCCAUCUCUUCCUCCUCUUUGUGGUGAACAGCUUGACAGUUUUUGCUCUAUUCAUACUCCUCGUGCGAAGCCUUUGGUCUCUUGUCUUUAAUACCACCACUAUUGAGUCGUGGGAGAUUGAAAGACACGAAACUCUUGUUCGCCGCGCUCGGGUCCUGGGCGGCUUUCUAGACGCACCCGGUGGAAAGAGAAUUCCAAUUAGAAAACAGGAAUUUCCUUACGACAUCGGCAUCUGGUCAAAUAUAAGAAAUGGCAUGGGUGGUAGCGCGAACAUUAUCAGCUGGUUUUGGCCAUUGGCAGCCACAUCGGAUCGGAAGACUGGGUGGGAAUUCGAAAUCAACGACUUCGAAGAUCCGGGUGUAUCGUGGCCCCCGCCUGACCCAGAUCGCAUUCCACUUCCAGCUGGCCCCUUGCCGGGAGAUGGCUCUGAGUUACUGAAGACGUACUCUUCGGCUAGGGAGGAAAUAGAAGCAUUUCAACGUCGCCAAGCAGAAGACAUCCGCCGCACGAGACCCUUUUCUGAAAUCCAAAGACGCAAGCGGUUCCAUGAUCGUUAUAGACAGCAGCAGGGUGGCGGGGACAGCGAUGACGAGCGCGGGCCAGGGCCUGUAUAUGGCGACCAGUCGGAUGAAGGCGAGGAGUCUUGGCGAAACGCCGAGGGCGAACGCCUGCGAGAUUUUGGUGUUGACGAGGACGCCGAGUUCUACGAUGAGGAUAAUAUUCCUUUGGGGGUUCUCCUGAGGCAGCGCAACAAGGGCCAAUGACAUCUGUUCCCCUCUCUUCAAUCACUGCCAGAAAUGUACGAGCCCAAUUGUUGCCCGGACACCAUGCUUUCGACCUCCUCGCUAACGGUAAACAAGGCAAAAUACGACGGGGCUUUUUGGGGUUACUAUUUAGCUUUGUAUGCUGAGUUAUCACCUUAACCUCAGCCUAAGAUAUUGUUUAGAACAUCUUGAUAAGCCUCCGUCCGAUGGCUAUGUGAUUACUAGCAAAAUGGCCUUUAUCCAACCUAUCUUACUCGAAACUCCUACUAAUCUACGCUAUGCUCCUAAAGCCCUACCAACAGAUCCUGCGAGCCGCCUUAUAAUUCUUGCAGAUACAGAUAAGGGAGAUGGGACUAGGAAACUACGAUGCCUCUUCACUCAAGGCACCAAGGUCGUUGAAAAGCUCAAUCGGCUUGUGGAUUUUUUUAAGGCACAGAUUAUGACACGUCUAUAAGCCUGGAGCGCCGGCAUGCCAGAGGCAGAAGACAGACAGAUUGAGCCCUUAAGUCUAACGAUGUUUCAAUGUCGACGGAACACGCUGAUCCAUAUACCAGCACAUUCGGAUAUGGUCAUGACAAGUGAGCGUGCACAAUCCUAUGGGACUCCUACCUAGUUCCCUCGAGAUCGGGCCACUCAGGAUUGCAACACCUGAGUGCUUUACCUUUCCUGUAAGCUCAGGGGAAUUUCAACAGCCCUGAGAGCACUCAUCUCAUGUUUUCUGUUUCUCAUGUUGACUUUUCUUCGGAAUCAGAAUAUGCAUCAACUCAUAUCAUUUCCCUGUUUUAUCUCAUUGAUAGAAUGACUAUUGAUAGUUUUAUGAGAAACACCAAUAAAGACCGAGGACCAACUUCAUAAAGUUAGUACCGUGAGGACGA